AUGAGAAGCAUCUCGGUGGUUGUGUCUCCGUCACCAUGGAGACACCUACAUCACCAUGGAGACACCUACAUCACCAUGGCUGUACCUCCUUCACCAUGGAGGUACCUCAAUCACCAUGGAGACACCUCCAUCACCAUGGAGACACCUCCAUCACCAUGGCUGUACCUCCAUCACCAUGGAGACACCUACAUCACCAUGGAGACACCUACAUCACCAUGGCUGUACCUCCAUCACCAUGGAGGUACCUCAAUCACCAUGGAGACACCUCCAUCACCAUGGAGACACCUCCAUCACCAUGGCUGUACCUCCAUCACCAUGGAGACACCUACAUCACCAUGGAGGUACCUCCAUCACCAUGGCUGUACCUCCAUCACCAUGGAGAUACCUCAAACACCAUGGCUGUACCUCCAUCACCAUGGAGAUACCUCCAACACCAUGGCUGUACCUCCAUCACCAUGGAGAUACCUACAUCACCAUGGAGACACCUCCAUCACCAUGGAGGUACGUCAAUCACCAUGGCUGUACCUCCAUCACCAUGGAGACACCUACAUCACCAUGGAGACACCUACAUCACCAUGGAGACACCUACAUCACCAUGUAGAUAUGCAAUCACCAUGA